AUGCAUGCUAUAUCGAGCACUUCAGCCGGGGAAGAUGCCCUGCAGCUACAAGACUUGACUACACGCACGACUUCCACCGACUUAGAUACCUCAAAUCUGGAGUCGUUGCGGACUGGGCAGACCAUGGCUCUAGACAUUGAACUUCCGGAUAGCGAAGGAUAUCCUUUUGGAGGAAUAUCCAGCUCCAAACAAGGCGAGAGGAGACUGUUAUUCAAGCUCGGCUUGUCGUUCUUCCUUUUCGGACUCAUCAAUAACGUUCUUUACGUGAUCAUUCUAUCUGCUGCCCUUGAUCUUGUGCCGCCAUCCACUCCCAAAGGCAUCAUUGCAUUCUGUAACAUCUCCCCAGGAUUGAUCGCAAACGUCGGAUGGUCGUACAUAUUGAAGGGAAGGAUAAAAUAUACCAGACGUAUCGUCGGAUGUUCCUUACUUAGCUUCAUUGGCAUGCUGGCCGUCGCCUUACACGAAAGUUUACUUUCGAGGCUUUUGGGAAUCUGCCUCGCUUCCUUCUCGUCUGGCCUUGGCAGUGUCACCUUCGUGCAGUUGUCUACUACUUACAGUCCCACGGCUAUUGGAGGCCACAGCAUUGGUUAUUGGUCGUCUGGAACUGGGGCUGCAGGACUCUUCGGCGCUUUCCUCUGGUGGGAAUUACGUGGGUUGGGUGUUGAAACUGGCAUUGGAAUCUCAUCUGUAUUGCCGUUUGUUCUCCCACUCACGUAUUUCUUUUUGCUUCCGCGGCCGGCUGCUUUCCUUGAUCCUACAACCUCUGCCGUCUAUUCUGCACUUCCAUCCGAUGAUCCUGACAUACCCACGGCCGACCUAUCGCAAAUGCCUCCACUUCUUCGGCAUGACUCUAAAUCCGAAUCGGCUUUCCUGACGGCUGCGGACAAGUUGCGAUUGCUGCAGCCUAUGCUACUCGAGUACAUGCUCCCUCUUUUCUGUGUUUACCUUUACGAAUAUACCAUCAAUCAAGGUAUCGCACCGACUCUUCUUUAUCCCGUACCUUCCCCGGAACGUUACGGCUUUUUAAGCAAAAUCAUACAUUCUGUGAGGGACUACUACCCACUGUGGCAGCUUGUUUACCAAAUCACGGUGUUCAUAUCCCGUUCCACUAUAUCUCUUGGAAUUCCACCAAUCCCUAUUCGACUCCUUCCAUUACCAGCUAUAGUCCAACUUGCGAUCCUGAUAACCUUAACAUACGAAUCGGCAUUUGGCAUAUUUUCCGGGGAUCAUGAAGGGCGCAGUAUCGCACUCAUUUUUAUUCUCGUCAGCAUUGAGGGAGUCUGUGGUGGGCUUGCGUAUGUCAACGUUUUCUAUCGGAUCAAUCAGGAGCGCCCAGAUCCGUUGAUUGCGAAGAACGAGGAGCUAGCGAAACAAGCACGCGAGUUCAAGAUUGGUUCAUUGGCAUUUUCAGAUGGUUGUGGCAUCCUGCUCGCUUCUCUCUUGGCCAUGCCAACUGAGAUAGAGCUUUGCAAGCUACAAAUGGCAAGAGGAAAAUUGCUCUGCAAGGGGCUAUGA